AAACCAAAACCAAAUUUAGGUGACGCGACGUGAUGUGAAAAGUUAUGCGGUAGUUUUCGGUGCUUAAUCCCUUAAUUUAAUAGAACAUUAAGUUGGUAUUCAAUGGUUGCUCUUUUGAAAACAACCGCUAAAGUGUAAAGUGUGUAUUUUGAGUGUACAGAAAGUGCAGUGGGUGAAUAAUAAAACUUUUAAAUUGUGAAUACAAUUCGCGUGUGUUGUGUGUGCGUCCCAGUUACGCAUUGAAAAUUGUAGUUCAAUGAUGAAUAACAAUGGAUUUAGUACCGGGGAAGAAGAUUCCCGUGGGCCGGCGGAUCAAAUCUGCUGCUUGCUGGACGACGGAGAGCGUUGCCGGAAGCAAGCUGGUAACGCUUCCUACAGCAAGCGAAUUCAGAAGACGGUCACGCAACGAAGGCUGAAGCUUAGCAUCGACAGCCAUGCACGACAUAUCUACAUCUGUGACUUUCACAAAGCGCGAAUACAGUGCGCACGUACGAAAAGACGCCGCCGUGACUCGGAGGACGAUAGCAACGAGACCGAUACCGACCUGCCGGAGGUGGAUCUCUAUCAGCUGCAGGUGAAUACGCUGCGAAGGUACAAACGGUUCUAUAAAGUGUCUACGCGACCGAGCAGCAACAAAGCGCAGCUAUCGGAGACAAUCAUGAAGCACUUCAAGACGAUUCCGAUUAAGGAGAAAGAAAUUCUCACCUACUUCAUCUACAUGGUGAAAUCGAACUCGAACAAGCUGGACCAGAAAAAUAAUGCCAGCGCAGAAGCCACCUGAAGGUAGUGUACGGUAGUAACGGGUUGGGAUCCAUCGUUAUGGGUCUCCGUCACAGCGGUGCAUCACCGAAGUUGUGGCUUCCUGCUCACAUCAGUCGCCGCGAUAAGGGGACAAGCUGAUCGUUUACAGAAACAAAAUCAACGUUUGUCGUAUUGUGCCGUUUUAUAUAUUACUAAUAAUUUUUUUUAACGCUUUUACUCAAUCGAUACAAUGUUCCGAUUGUGUGGUACUUCCUGUCCCGUGUUCCCGUGAAACUUGACCCCUUUCGGUUUAACGAAAUGCGUAUCGUGAAAGUUUCCUGCGUUACGGGAUAGCGUCAAUAAAAUGUAAAUCACACAUGAGCUGAUUUUAGUGCGAUUAUCAAGAGCAAAUCGUUCAGGUUCGUUAACUUUGUAUUACCCAGUUUUAUCGAUGACAUUGUACAAUUGUUGUUUAAGUCAAUUUUAUUACAAGAGCAGCUUCAAUCAGUUUCGUUAUUAUAUGAUGCAAUAAAAACAUUUUUU